AUGGAUACUUAUGUGUCAAAUCCAGUCAAUAAGGACGAAGAGUGGUCAGAAUUUAUUACCAAGAAUACUAAGGAGACUUCAGAUAAUCUGUCAAACGAUUUGAAUAUUGAAAAUCAGGAAACAGUGGAGACACGAGUAAGUAACGACUCCGUUGACAAUGACAAUGACACUGAUGAUGAAGUAACUGAACGUUUACUAACGGUAACUGAACGUGAUGAAGUAACUGUGUGAAGUAACUGAACGACCAUCAGGUGUUAUGGAUACAUUAUUACAAGAACCUGACAUUACUCAAGAUGGUGAUAAAAUAAUCAGUUUUGCACCAGGAGAAGGAAAUAGACCACUUGGUAUAUUUAUAGAUAAAGGUGCUGAAUUUUUGUCUUUCCCUACCAUUUACUGUGGCAAAUGUCAAGCUACGAAGUCGAGAUCGAAGAGUUGCUCAAUCUGUGCCAAACAUUUUUUAUAAAUUAAAAAAAUUACAGAUCAGACAAAUCCAAGGAAGUGGAAGUUUAUCAUUGCGUAAAUGUAAAACCAAAGGUAAAACGUACACAGCAGGGGAUUUAAAGUCUUAAAGUUCUGCUAAUUAAUAAGCUAAUCAAUUUAGAUGAAGGAUUCAGAGUUUUAAGAAAUUUACGCGGUUCCCCUCCAUACUUUGAAAGAUGUAAGAAGGAUCUAUUUGCAAUGAUUCGUCAGCUUGGUAAACCUACAUGGUUCUGUUCAUUUUCAGCUGCUGAAACGCGUUGGAUUCAUUACACUGACCUGAAAGGUCAAGUGUCUUAAAUCCCUAGUUUUCUGUUUUCUUCUGUUUUUUUCGUCGUCGAGAAAUCGAGUUUGCGUUCGCGCAUCGCAGGCUCAGGGUGCAACGAUUAAUCCAAAAUGCCAUCGAUUCUUCGACUCCACGAUUCAUGUAUAAUAGUAAGAAGCUUGUAUUUAUGUACGUAUUAGCCGGCUCAUGCCAUGCUUGUGGUGCAUUUUUCGUUUAUUAGCCCAUAUAUAGACUUAUAUGGACUUAUACGCACGCGCACAAUUCCGAACUCCAAUGGUGACAUAUUCAGUCCAGUUUCAAAAUGGCGCCUUUUGGCUGAGUGAUCAGAAUAUAUUUCACACAGUUUCGUUGAAUUUUCAAAGAGUUGUGCCGGUUUCCUAUGGAUUUUACGUUGUGUCGCACUCUGAACUUUCUUGUGUGUUGAAUUAAUAUGUUUUUCUUCAUGUAACGACUCGAAAACCCCAAAAUUUGGACCCAGCGAAUUUUACAAAGGACAAGUUAAAGGUUCGACAGUUUGACUUUUUAACUAAUAAACAACUAUCUAUUAAUAUACGUUGUAGAGUCAUAAACAUCCGUGGUGUCGUUGUGUUCAUUUUUUGUCGCACUCUGGGCUUUCUUGCGUGUUGAAUUAAUGUUUUCUUUUUGUAUUAAACGACUCUAAAAUUUGGCUUCCAAAAUUUGGCCGACCCGGCGGAUUUAUACAAUAUAGUGGAAUAUAAGCAAGGACAAGUUAAAGGUUCGACAGUUUAUUUUGAUUUAUUGUAUGGUUCUCAUUUGCCUAAUACAAUAACAUUUAGUUCGCAAUACAAUAUAAACAAGGCCAAGGUUAAAGGUUUGACCACAUUAAAAUACAUGUAUUGAAAUUCGCGCAAUAGCUACUAGAAUUUGCGCAAGUAAAGAUAAAGCGAGCGUUCGAUCAAAAUGCCAAAAAGAACUAAGACAUUUAUUGUAUGGUUCUCAUUUGCCUAAUAGAAUAACUUUUAGUUCACAGCAUGAUAUAAACAAAAUAUAAACAAGGAAAAGUUAAAGGUUUGACAGUUGUUUCGAUAAACGAGUACUGAUAGUACGAUUAAAAACUGUUCUGUUAACAUUUAUAUAUAGAUUAAACAUUAAUAAUAGUCAGCUAAUAAAGGAUUGAGAAAUACUUUGAUAGACAUUUAGAAACAUGAUACUAGGCCGCAUGUCAAAAUAGCGCAAGUAUAACCAGAUGCCUGCAUGAAUGCAUGAAACAGAAACACUGAAACAAUAUCGAGAUCUAUAAUUUAUACUGACCUGAAAACUGAUUGCUAACCUGUGGUUUGAACGUUUAUACGGAGAUUAUGCUAACCUGAAUAUGUAAAACGGUGUAAAGUACUGGAUCGAUAUUGCCACAGAAGUAAGUAAUAUUAUCAUGUAAAUAUCAAUUGUCAUCAUAUGCGCGUUUAUAGGUAUCAGUGCAUGUUAAAUAUUAGUCUUUUACAUAGUUUAAUUUCAUUUUAGAUCGAAUUGUUUUGUUUGUUAUUUCAAAUAUUAACACGAUAUACAAUAUCCAGUCGACGUGUUUGAUUUAUCGACUUUGUGAACCAACAGUUUCACUACACAAUGUCGACAAUAUACCUUAAUACACGUAUUAAAAUUCGCGCAGUAGCUACUAGUUGGUGCGCCAAACGCUUUGUGGUAGCUAUACUAAAGAUAAAGCGUGCCUUCAAAAUACCUACAAGAACUAAGACAUUUAUUGCAUGGUUCUCAUUUGCCUAAUACAAUAACAUUUAGCUCGACGCGAAUUUUAACUAGUAUCAUAUUUCAUAAUAUAAUGAACAAUGUAAACUAGCCAAUUCUUUUCACCCACAAAAUGUCGACAAUAUACAUUAAUACAUGUAUUAAAAUUCGCGCAGUAGCUACUAGAGUUCGAGCAAGUAUUAAAGAUAAAGCUUGCAUUCAAAAUACCAAGACAUUUAUUGCAUGGUUCUCAUUUGCCUAAUACACAUUUAGUUCACAAUAUAAUAUAAACAAGGAAUAGUCGUUCAAUUUAGCUAUACUGUUUGCUCGUUCUGCUCCAUUCGAGUAAGUGUUGCUCGAUUUGUAUCAUUGGUGUUUUUUGGUGUUCGACUUAUAACUAUUGGUCCUAUUGAAUUUUGACAGUAUAAAAACGCGCCAUAUAUAACACAUGCAUGUAUUAAAAUUCGCGCAGUAGCUACUAGAAUUAGCGCAAGUAAAGAUAAAGCGUGCGUUCAAAAUACCACCGGCAAUGAACAAGAACUAAGACAUUUGUUACGAAAUCUGCUGUCGAAUCCGUGUUGGAUUUUUCUCAUGUGUAUAAUGUACCAUAACACAUGUAUUAAAAUUCAUGCAGUAGCUACUAGAUAAUAAAUGGGAAAUGAACUAGCUAUUUUAAAACUGUAAUGUAUAAUGAUUCUUUUGAGAUAACAAUGAGAAGAUGAAGCGAACGAAGAAGAAAAAUUCCAGUCGACGGCCAAAAAGGCCGUUUGUCGUGAAGUUUAAAUUGCCCUGUUAGUACAUUUAAAAUGCACGUAGUAGCCUAUAAUAUGUGCGUGGAACGCAUAUUACCUCGCCCUCGACGUUUUGCCCUCGCCCUCGACGUUUUACCCUCGACAUUUAACCCCCGACACUCGACCAAUAGAUAAAGUCCACACGACAUAUAGGGACACUCAAGGUUGCACUAAAUGCAUGGUAUAUAGGGUUGAAAAGUUGCCAAUGAUAAAGUGGUGAUUUCUGCCUUCUGCUUUUUGUUGUCAAAUUAUUGAUUUCCUUUGGAUAAAUCUACCGUAUCUACCGCUGAAACUGUUCUAUACGAACUCUCUUGCUCCCCAUUCCCUUGUCUAUUACACCAUAGCCAAUCUCGUUCCCCGAACCUGCGAUCUUCGCAAGGAAACGAAGGCUCUGGGAUAAUCCGUUGCCGAAAGCCAGGAAUUCUGGCUAAGAUUGAACUGCACAUUCCAUAUCAACGGCCAAUCAGAUUCCUCCUGGAAAUGGAAUAUCCCAGAGCCUUCGUUUCCUUCCCAAGGCCGCAGGCUCAGGGAACGAGAUUGCACCAUAGCGCGCAUGUCAUCAUUUUCAUGUCAGUGUGAACGCCUGAGUAGGCGUCUUGUUUGAUUAAAAUUCUUGGUCGUCUUAUUGACAACAAACACUAUACUGACGAUGAGGUUAAGCAAAUGACUUGCCAAAAGAAGUCUGAACUGAUACAGAAAGAUCCAGUAACAUGUGCUCGAAAUUUUGAACAUAUGGUGCAACAAUUUAUUCACAAUUUUAUUAAAAGUUCAUGCCAUCCAAUUGGAGAAGUUGUUGACUUUUUUCUAUCGUGUUGAAUUCCAGCAAAGAGGUUCUCCACAUAUCCAUGGAUUAUUCUGGAUAAAAAAUGCACCUGAGUAUGGUAAAGAUUCCGACGAAGAUAUUACCAAUUUUGUAGAUAGCUACGUUUCAUGUAAAGCUGACUCAGAUGAUUUAACUGAACUCGUAAAUUUACAAAGGCACAAACACUCUAAAACAUGCAAGAAAAGAGGAAAUGCUGUUUGCAGAUUUAACUUUCCUUUACCGCCAAUGCCGAGAACUAUGAUUUUAGAGCCUUUGUCUGAGACUGAUCUAGAGGAAAAUAUUGCAGAUAUAUUAAAGAAAACUUUAGGACAGAUACGUUCAUUAUUAGACUCUAUUAAAGCUGAUGAAACCAUGACCUUUGAUGAAUUUCUCAAAAGGUUAGAUUUAUCAGAACAGCAAUAUCUAAAGGCUAUACGGCUUUCUCUUAAACAUAACACUUUGUUAUUGAAACGAUCGCCAGCUGAGAUUAGAAUCAACUGUUAUAAUCCAAACUUACUCAGAGCUUGGAAAGCUAAUAUGGAUAUUCAGUACGUAUUAGAUCCUUAUGCUUGUGCUGUUUAUAUCCUUUCAUAUAUUACUAAAGGUCAAAGAGGAAUGAGCAAGUUACUUCAUAAAGCAUGUGAAGAAGCAAAAGAAGGCAAUAAGAAUAUUGUUAACAAGGUGAGACAUAUUGGUAACAAAUUUCUCAAUGCUGUUGAAAUAAGUGCACAAGAGGCUGUCUACUUAGUAAUGCAAAUGCCUUUGAGACGAUCGUCUCGAGAAUUCCAAUUUAUCAAUACAUCUGACCCACAUGAAAGAACAUUCUUGUUAAAAAAUAUGGAUAAAAUUAAAGAACUUCCUGAUCAUUCUGUUGAUAUUGAAUCAGAUAACAUUAUUAAAAGAUAUCAGAGAAGACCGAAGAAAUUGGAAAAUUUAUGUCUGGCUGAUUUUGUGGCUUGGUUCAAUUGUAAAAGUGACAGUAAUCAAAAAAGCAAACUUAAACCAAAUUCACCAUUAAUAGAUGAUUAUCUUACAGAGAGUAAUUUUGAUGAUAGUGUAGAUGAUGAUCUUUCUGAUAAAGAACAGAAAAUAUUUGAAAAUGAUGAAAAUGAUGAAUAUGAAAUGAAAGGUGGAAUGACGCUCGUGAAGAGACAAAAGCCAAGAAUCAUACGGUCGGUUAGAUUUAAUAAAACCAAAGAUCCAGAAAAUUAUUGUGGAGAACAGAUAAUGCUUUAUACCGCUUGGAGAAAUGAAAAUACAGAUCUUCUGAAAGACUUUGAAACUUACCAGGAUCGAUAUGAAAUUAUCAAAGUUGUGAUAGAACAAAACAGAAAACAAUACGAGAAUCACACCGAAGUUCUUGAUCAGGCAGUACAAGAUAUUGAAAGUGAAGAAAAUCUAGUCGCUCCGAAUACGCAGUAUAGAGAUGAACAAGACAGAGAAAUUGGGACAAAAGCAAGUGAAUUAUUCGGAUGCUUCGAUCCUGGAAAAGAUAAACAACAUGCCCAAUACGACCUGAUAAAUGAUAUUGGUAUAUAUCCACGAACAAAUGAUGAUGAAGAACUUGUUGUAAAAAGACUGAGUGAUGCUGAUUUUAGAAAACUUGUCCAAUCACUUAAUGUUGAACAAAAAGAGUUUUUUUACCAUGUACUGAACUCUGUCAAAACUGAUAAACUGCCAAUGAGACUGUUUUUAAGCGGAGGUGCUGGUGUAGGUAAAAGUAGUGUCACUAAUGCUUUGUAUGAAGCUCUCAUAAGAUACUUAAAUUCUCAACCUCAGAAUGAUCCUGAUGAUGUCAGUGUUGUAAAAGUAGCCCCAACAGGCAAAGCUGCUUUCAACAUAAGAGGAAAUACACUUCAUUCCGCCUUUAAAAUUCCUGCAAACAGAGGAUUCAAUUAUUGUACACUAGAUAGAGACAGAUUGAAUACAAUAAGAUCUCAGUUACAGAGAAUGCAAGUUAUUUUUAUUGACGAGAUAUCUAUGGUAGGAAGUGCUAUGUUUAAUUUUCUUGACUUACGAUUGCAACAAAUCAUGGGUACAAAAGAACCAUUUGGCGGUCUUAGCAUAAUAACAGUUGGCGACUUAUUUCAACUGAAACCCGUGUUCGAUAAUUGGAUAUUUGAGAAUUCAAAGGAUGGUUAUGCUGCAUUAGCAACAAAUCUCUGGCAAAAAUAUUUUCAAAUGUUUGAAUUAUCUGAGGUUAUGAGACAAAGGGAAGACAAAGAAUUUGCUGAAAUUUUAAAUCGUAUAAGAGAAGGAAAUCAUACUGAAGCUGACAUCGAAGUUUUGAAAGAAAGAAUUUUAAACAUUAGUCCACAACAUCCUGAUUAUCCAAUAUCUUUAACCCAUUUAUUCAGUACUAAUAUGGCAGUUGAUCAACAUAAUCAUGACGUUUUCCAGAAAUCUUCAAACGAGAAGGUCGACAUUAAAGCAAUAGACAUUGUACUUGGAGAUUUAUCUGACGACUUAAAAAAAGACUCAAAAAACAAAUCCCAAACGAUCCUUCGAAAACCAUGGGCUUGUACUCAGUAUGUUCAAUACUUAAGGAAGCAAAAGAUGACCUCACGACAAACGUGUCAGUUUUAGAUGGUAUGACUAAUGGUGCUGAAUGUAUCAUCAAGAAAAUCGAUUACCGAGUAGAAGGUUCAUCAAGACCAAGUAUUAUCUGGGUUUUAUUUCAAGAACAACAUAUUGGGAAUGAUUAUCGCAGAGAAUACUCUUAUCUUUACAAUCAAAGUAUAGAAAAAAAUUGGGUUCCAAUUCUUGAGGUAAAAAGACAGUUUACAAAAAAUAAAAUACAAGUUCUUCGCAGACAGUUUCCUUUAAGACCAUCUGCAGCCAAAACUAUUCACCGUUGUCAAGGAGAUACAUUAAAUGAAGCGGUUGUUGAUCUUCCAUCGUUAAAGCGAGAGCAUAUGCAUUACGUUGCUCUUAGCAGACUUAGAAGCAUUUUGGGAUUACAUAUUCUUAAUCUGAACGAAAAGAAAAUAGCUGUGAGCAGGAAGGUACAAGAAGAAAUGACAAGACUAAGACAAAAUUCUGUACUUAAAAGUCAUCUUCCAUUUCUCUAUAAAGAUACUAGUGGGACAUUUAAAAUAUUAUUCCAGAAUGUGAGAUCAUUACAUCUUCACGUUGCUGACGUUGCGAGUGAUUAUAAUGUAAAAGCAGCAGAUAUUAAUAUAUUUGUGGAAACUGCUCUAUGUAGUAAUGACAACAAUGAAUUGUAUCAGAUUCCAGGAUUUCGACUAUUCAGAAAUGACUUCAUCCCACAUGGUACUAGAACACCUUACGGAACUGCUGCUUACGUAAAAGACAAUAUACAACUCAUCUUAGAAGCUUCAAGGUGCAACUAUAAUCAUGUAGAAAUGACAUUACUCAAAGUAAACCAACCAGUAAAUAAUUUACAUGUUGUAGGAAUUUAUCGCUCUAAAUCAAAAGUAAAAAUUUCAAUGUUUGUAGAUGCUUUAAAACAUUUGCACUCCACGUAUAUAAAUGAUCCAAAUACUCCUGUUAUCAUCCUUGGUGAUUUUAAUGUUAACCUUUUUGAAAAUGCAUCCGACAAAAAUACACUUUCUAAAUAUUUAAUCGAAGAAAAGCAAUAA